AUGGCUAGCAAGUCAGCAUCCGAGAGACUUGGUCUCAUCCGGGAGAACCUCGCCGAGACUUUGAACCCCGAAAUCAUCGAAAAGAUCUUGAACGAGGGGCGCAACCCCAAGGUGUACUGGGGGACUGCCACGACGGGCCGCCCACACUGCGGCUACUUUGUCCCCGCCAUCAAGAUCGCUCAGCUGCUCGCUGCCGGCUGCGAUGUCAUCGUUCUGCUCGCCGAUAUCCACGGAUUCCUCGACAACCUCAAGGCACCGCUAGAACUAGUUGCCUACCGAGCCGAGUACUACAGGUUGAUUAUCAAGGCCAUCCUCGAGGCCGUCGGCGUCUCCACCGACAGGUUGCGGUUCGUUCUAGGCAGCGAGUACCAGAAGAGCGCCGCAUAUGUCAUGGAUGUCUACAAGCUCUCGUCCUUGAUCUCGGAACAUGAUGCCAAGAGGGCGGGCGCUGAAAUCGUCAAGCAAACGGACAACGCCCCGCUGAGCGGGCUCCUUUACCCCAUCCUUCAGGUGUUGGACGAGCAGUACUUGGAUGUGGAUGUUCAGUUUGGCGGUCUUGACCAGCGAAAACUAUUCAUUGCUGCGAAGGAAUGGCUACCAAAGCUGGGCUACAGAGAACGCGCUCACAUCAUGAACCCAAUGGUUCCCGGCCUGCACGGUGGCAAGAUGAGCUCAAGUGAUCAGGACAGCAAAAUCGAUCUCCUCGAUGCUCCCGAGGUCGUCACCAAGAAAAUCAAAAAGGCCGUUGCUGCACCAACGGUUGUCGAGGAUAACGGCGUUCUCUCGUUUGUGGAAUUCGUAUUGCUUCCUGCUUCGGCACUACGUGGAAAGCGAGAAUUUAUUGUCGAGCGCGAGAGAGACGGCCUCGAGCCAUUGGUGUACACCGAUAUUGCCCAGAUGAACGACGAUUAUAGGAACGACAAAUUGACGCCUCAGAUACUGAAGCCGGCCGUCGCGGCAGCUCUAAUAAAGCUGCUUGCCCCGAUCCACGCCGCGUUUGAAGCGUCCAAGGAGUGGCAAGACAUCAACCUCAAAGCGUACCCACCACCCCCUAAGAAGGAGAAGAAGGUCAAGAACAAAGGCACCCGACAUCCUGGGGCUCAAAAUCAGACCCAGGAAACAGUACUUCCCAUCCGAGAAGGUCAAUAG